GCUAUUUUAAAAAGGAUAGUAUUGCCGAGAACUUGUUCCAAGCUUUUACACAAGAAAUAUAUUUUUUUUUUUAAAUUUUGCAACGCCCUUUUGAAAACUACAACUAAUAACAGUAAUUAGCUUUUCAGAAUGUCGCUAGGCCGAAGUUUAACCCCUUGUCGCUACUUUAUGAACGGCAUUUGUUGCUUCGGUGAGUUCUGUCGAUUCUCCCAUGACUUGUGCUACAGUUCCACAUACAAUCCGGCUUCUUAUUCUGCUCAUCCCGAGUAUCCAUCAAAGAUUGAAGAAGAUGAUGAUCAAGUACCCAGCACCAGUAUGUAUAGCCGUCAGAAGAUCUGGGCAAAUGCCCCAGUCUUUGUGCCCAGCCAAAUGAGGCAUCCGAAUGCUGAUGCUGAAGUUGGUGCUGAUGUAGCUGUAGGUCUGGAACGUCCUGGAUUCUCAUUGGAUGAGAUAUGCCCGUACGCCGGCAUGUGUAUAUUUGGUGAACGCUGUACAUAUCCGAUACACAUGGAGCUAUGCGAGAUGUGUGAUGUAUAUUGCCUGCAUCCGAAUGAUAAAAACCAAAGGAGGGAGCACAAUCGCCAGUGUUUGGAGUAUCAUGAGGAGGCAAUGGAGCUAUCGUUUGCGGUCGCCAGAUCCAAGGACAAGACAUGCGGCAUCUGUUUUGAUAUUAUUCUAGAGAAGAAGGGCGGAGAACGACGUUUUGGUAUAUUAUCCAAAUGCAAUCAUACUUUUUGCUUGGCAUGCAUCCGUACCUGGCGCCAAACUAAACAGUUCGAGUAUAAGGUAACGCGAGGAUGUCCCGAAUGUCGCGUAUGCUCGGACUAUGUAUGCCCCAGUACAUAUUGGGUGGAUACCAAGGAGGAUAAGGAGAAAUUGCUAAACACCUAUCGCACCGCAUUGGGUGGCAAGGAUUGCAAGUACUUUAGGUUGGGUGAUGGAAAUUGUCCAUUUGGGAAUAAAUGCUUCUAUAGACACGCCUUACCCGAUGGUACGCAUAUCGAUGUUGGAUCGCCACGUCGAGUCCGUAAGCCACCUGGCGAUAGUGAUGAUAUUCUAGAUUUUUUGGAACAUUUCCCAUGGCGAUUGGAUGAUCGGCAUAUCUAUAAUUGGCUCGAUCAAUAUUCAAGUGACUCAAUUUCAAGCGAUACAUCCUAUGAAUCAGAUGACUACUAAACUGCUAAACUGCUAAACUGCUAAACGACUAAACUACCAAACUACUAAACUACCAAAAUACCAAACUGAAAAGACGAUCAUAAACACAACAAUCCCACCACAAAAUAGAAAACCGAAAAAUUCUACACUUAUAUACAGAUCCUAUGUAAUCAAUCGAACAUCACCCCCUCUCCAACUCAGAUCAGAUGAUUAUGUAAUAACACUGAAAAACCUAAGAACUUUCGACCAAAAAUGAUCGCAAAAAAUGUAUCUGAGAAUCAAAUUUAAGGUUUACAUUAUUAUCUAUUCUCAACUUAAUGUUAUAAAUUUUCCGUACUUCAAUUAAAUGAAAAUUAUGUUUGAUACUAAAAAAAUGUAAAUCAAAUGUUUUCCUAUUAGCCAAAAACAACACAUAUUUUGAGAUAGAUAAAUAAGUAAACACGAAACUUUGUAAACGGGUUAGGGUUUUGGGGGCCUUGAAAAGUCUAAACUAAGAAGCUUAAGUUAUAUUUUUUGUUAAUUUUGUUUUUAAGUUUAAGCUAUCACCCUCUUACUGAGUCACUUCAGACUUAUCAGUCAC